AUGGGUAUAGCAAAAGAACGGCUCCCCCUAACGGACGGAUGGAAGUACAAGGCAGGCGAGCAGUCGGAGGCUGGGGAUUCGUCAGUCUGGCACAAUGCUCAACCUUUACCUACAUCAAUCCACCUGGAUCUACUUGCCAAUCAUACCAUCCCGGACCCCUUUGUGGGAAAGAAUGAGGAGCUCGUACAAUGGGUUGGUGACAAAACAUGGAUCUACGAGAAGCAGUUUACCAUUCCUGAAAGGCUGCGCAGCAACCCGGGCCAGCAAGUUGAUUUGGUUUUUGAAGGCUUAGACACAUUCACGACUGUGAUAUUGGACAACGUCAAAAUUCUGGAAACAGAAAACAUGUUUGUUAGCCAUCGGGUCAACAUAACGGAUCAAAUUCGUUCCACCAAGACGCCAGACAAGGAGAUGCAUACUUUGCAAAUCAUCUUUCACAACGCCAAGCAAAUGGCGACCGAGGAAAUGGAGAGGCAUGCUGAGCAUAGUUGGUUCAGCUUUCAUUUCGGAAACAAGCGUCUAGCUGCGAGGAAGGCACAAUAUCACUUUGGUUGGGAUUGGAGUCCAGUACUGACGGACUGCGGACCAUGGAAGCCAAUUUUUCUGGAAGCAUAUCAAGCCCGACUGACCGACUUAUCGAUCCGGACAAGUCUUGACUCUGAUCAACAAGGAGCGGGACUUGAAAUCUCGGUCGAGGUGGAGGGAAAAGCGGGAUACGCGAGAAUCGACAUUGAGCAGGACGGCGUCAAGAUUGAAUCGUGCAUUAUUACGCUAUGUGGUGAAAGGACCACAACGACUAGGCGAAUCCGGAAUCCGAAACUUUGGUGGCCAUGGACACUAGGAGAGCAGAACCUCUAUACCGUCAAAUGCACGAUAUUUAAUCGCCUCGAGGACGCUACGGAAGAAUUGGAACUGGACUCUAUGAAUAAGCGAUUUGGUAUUCGUAAGAUCGAACUUAUUCACCAGCCAUUACGCCAAGGAGAAGGUAAUAGCUUCUUUUUCCGGGUCAACGACGUUCCGAUUUUCGUUGCCGGUUCAAACUGGGUACCAUUGGAUUCGUUUGUAUGCCGAGCAACGACGGCAAAGUAUCGCAAUUGGAUACAACUGGCCAAAGACACCAACCAAGUGAUGAUUCGCAUUUGGGGCGGGGGAAUCUAUGAACACGACGACUUUUUCGACAUCUGUGACGAGCUUGGUCUACUAGUCUGGCAUGACUUCAUGUUCGCAUGUGGCAUAUAUCCAGCACACUCAUCUUUCGAAUCGAGCGUAAUGACUGAAGCGCGUCAAAACAUCGUACGACUACGGCACCAUCCUUCAAUCGCUCUAUGGUGUGGAAACAACGAGGACUAUGCAAUUGCGCAUCUUGCGCGUGAGCAUGUGGGGAAAGCUGAAUACGACCCAGGCGAAAUGAAUCCUGACAAGAUCAGGCAAUCCGGCUUUCCGGCGCGACUAUUCUAUGAAGUGCGCUUCCCAGAAGUGUGCAAGGAAUUAAUCCCGGAUACUCCAUACUGGCCGGGAUCUCCAUUUGGCGGAUCCUUCUGCAACGACAUGACAGACGGGGAUAUCCAUCAGUGGUAUGUGUGGCAUCUCGACAAACGUCCCUACCAAGAUUAUCCACAGCUCGGUGGGCGAAUGGUUACAGAGUUUGGCCUGCAAUCAAUUCCGCAUUGGAAGACUGUAAAACAGUACUACCCGGCUGAUUACGCCUUCUCGCCGGAUGCGUCUCAAAAUUGCACUACAGAAGAGUACAUGACAUGGCACAACAAGGGCCAUGGAGGCCCGGAGAAUAUUCUUAAGUAUGGUGUCGACAACAUCCCUUUUGAUGAACAUUCUCUGCGGGGCUACAUAUACUGUUCACAAUUGAUUCAGUCCGAAGGUAUAUCAACCGCAUUUAGAGCAUGGAGACGACAAUGGAGGGGUCCUGGCCAGGAAUAUUGUGGUGGAGCAUUGCUGUGGCAACUGAAUGACUGUUGGCCAGUCUCGUCAUGGUCCAUCGCAGACUCGAACUUGCGACCGAAGCUGGCAUAUUGGACCUUCAAAAGGGAGAAUCAGCCCAUCACUGCCGGUUUAUCACGCAGAGUCAACGGUGGUUUGCUGGAGCUAGAGGCAUGGGCGUGCAACAUGACAAUGCAGCCGGUUUCCGUCGGCUACCAGAUUCAUGCAUGGCACGUCAAGACGGGCAAAAGCCUGUGGACACAAACAGUGUCGACGCGGAUCCAGCUUGAACCUAACCGUAGCACGGAACUAGGAAGCACACAGUUGCGUUCCGACUUGGACGGUGAGCGGCAAUUCCAUUGGAAUGAGAUGACAUUUGCCAUCUAUCUUUUUACCGUUCCGGAGGUAUCAGUCGGUGGCGCUAUUGGAAGGAAGAACGAUAUCGCUCGUUUUGUAAACUUCCACGAGCCACUAAAGGAAGUUCCGUUUGCUAUGGACGAGGGACAGAUGACUGCAAAACUCAUCGAGGAGAAAACCGGCUCCUACAUUGAGCUAUCCGCAUCGGUUCCGAUGAAGUGCGUGUAUCUUGACUACGAGGACGAUGCGAUUGAAUGGGACGAUAACGGCGUAGACCUUGUGCCGGAGGAGACUACAAGGGUGAGAGUCUCGGGGCUCACAGCUGGAAGAGAGAUUAAGUUGAGAGUUUAUUGGCUGGGAGCGACUGGAUGGCAGAGCCAAAUGCUUGAUGUAUAUUAA